AUGAAGGGCUCAACCGCAGUUGAGCUUCUUGCCGUGAGCUGGGCAGGUGUUGGUGCCGCUCUAGACUACAACGCGCCACCGGGUAACCUAUCCACCCUUCCCAAUUCGACGCUUUUCGAAACCUGGAGACCCAAAAUUCACGUCCUCCCGCCAACUGGCCAAGUUGGGGACCCAUGUGCACACUACAGUGACCCUGAAACUGGUUUGUUCCAUGUUGGCUACCUGCACAAUGGCAGCGGAAUCGCUACUGUCCAGACAGAUGACCUUGUGCACUAUUAUGAUGUGAACAAGAACGGCAACUUCUCCCUCACUCCUGGUGGUGCAAAUGAUCCUGUUUCUGUGUUCGAUGGCUCUGUCAUUCCCAGUGGCGUUGAUGGCAAGCCAACAAUGAUCUACACCUCAGUUUCAUCGUUGCCGAUCCAUUGGACCCUUCCUUAUACCCGGGGAAGCGAGUCCCAGUCCCUGGCUGUCACUUCUGAUGGAAAGAAUUUCACCAAGUUUGACAUCCCGCCUGUGAUUCCUGGGCCUCCAGCAGGCUUGGACGUUACUGCUUUCCGUGACCCAUUUGUCUUCCAGAACAAGGAGUUAGAUCGAACCCUUAAUAGCGCCAAGGGCACUUGGUAUGUCACUAUCUCUGGUGGUGUUCACGAUGUCGGCCCUAGUAUCUUCCUUUACCGCAGUAAGAGCUCCAACUUUGAGCAGUGGGAGUAUCUUGGGGAAUGGUUCAAUGCGCCUUCUAACUCGACUUGGGGUAACGGUGACUGGGCCGGAGUCUAUGGGUUUAACUGGGAGACUGUCAAUGUGUUCGGUCUUGAUAAACAGGGAUACAACUACAAUGGUGAUUCUUUCAUGACUUUUGGUGUGGAAGGCUCCUACAUGCCUAUCCAGAAGGCUGUGUCCUCUUUGCAUGCUCAGCUGUGGGCAGCUGGCAGUGUCUCAACCGUUGAUGGAAAUGUGACUUUCAAUCCCAACAUGGUUGGCUUUCUUGAUUGGGGCUUGUCUGCAUAUGCUGCGGCUGGAAAGGUUUUGCCCAGCACAUCUAAAGCAUCGUCCAGAAGCGGUGCUCCGGACCGUUUCAUCUCCUAUGUCUGGUUGACUGGAGACGUGUUUGAGGCAGUCAAGGACUUCCCCAAGGCACAACAGGGAUGGCAGAGUACCCUUCUCCUCCCACGUGAGCUGAGCGUGCAUACGAUCCCCAAUGUGGUGAACAACGAUCUCGUCCACGAGACCGCCUCCUGGCGCGUGGCUAGCAACUCCUCUGCCGGUAGCUGCGUCGAACUUGAAACCUUAGGCGUCAACAUCGCGCGGGAAACCUACAACGCUAUUACUGCUGCCCCGUCCUUCUCAGAACCGAGCCGUAAACUCUCGAAGGCCGGAAUUGUUCCCUUCAACCGCUCGCCUGACAGCAAGUUCUUUGUCCUCAACGCCCAGAUCUCAUUCCCGCAGUCUGCGCGUGGCUCUGGCCUCAAGUCUGGCUUCCAAAUCCUCUCGUCUGAGCUUGAGUCCACCACAAUUUACUACCAGUUCUCGAACGAGUCGAUUGUCAUCGACCGCUACAAUACUAGUGCUGCUUCGCAGACUACCAGUGGGAUCAACUCGGACCCAGAGUCUGGACGUCUGCGUUUGUUCGACAUCAACAAUAGCUGCAACGGUAGCGGUAAAGACAAGAAUGAGCACAUGGAAACUUUGGACCUUACCAUCGUGGUCGACAACUCUGUUCUCGAGGUUUAUGCCAACUCACGCUUCGCACUGUCUACUUGGGCUCGUUCCUGGUAUGCCAACUCAACUGAGAUCCGCUUCUUCCAUGACGGCGAGGGUGAGACCUCAUUCAGCAAUAUCCAAGUCUCAGACGGCUUGUACGAUGCUUAUCCCGAGAGAUUGCGGUAA